AUGCCAUCAAUCGGUACUCGAACCAGAAGCCCAGCUAAUGCUGUUGUAGCUGCCACAAACAAGGUUACAAAACCAUCAUCCAAACAAAACGAUUCAUUAAGGCUCUCAGAACAAACUUCAAAGGCACUAAAAUCAACUGAUCUCGAAACCGUGAAAACUACAGAGAUCAUCAGUUUUUAUUAUCAACCACCAACAAUUGGUCAUCCAGGUUUAAAAUGGCCAGUUGAUGUUAUCACUUGUUUCACUAGACUGGUUCGUGAAUAUCGUGAAGAACGUUACGAAGAAUUAAACACUUUAUCACCAGAUGCUCUUUUCAAGAUUCAAGAUUUUUUAACUAAAAGUUUCCGUCUUUAUUCAGAAAGUUUUACUAUAAAAAAUCUAAAGAUACAAUUAGACUAUAUUGUCAAGCUUUAUCUAUUCUAUUAUUUACCAUUAUCUGAUGAAUUUAAUAUUGAUGAAUACAAAAACAGAUGGAAUACAGUUCAACAAAACUAUGCAUCAAAGAAAAAUUGGGGUAUUGCCAAAUUGGGGAAACUGGAUAAACAAGAAUUUGAUGAGCUCGUUGAAAGAAGAUUUGAUUAUGUUAGAAAUUUGAAUGGGUUUGUUGAAGAUUUAGAAGUUCAAUCACCUAAAAGACCUAAAUUUUUGGAAAAGAAGUUGAAAACUAAGUUAGAAGAGAUAAAUACUUUAAUGUUUGAAAUUGCUAAACUUGAAUCCAAAAAGAAAAAGACCAAAGAAAAUAAGGAAAAAAUCAAGGAACUAGAGAUCAAAUAUAAAUCAAUAAGUGAGAAACACAAAGAUGAACUAGAUGAAAUUAGGGUCCUUAGAUGGGAACGUAAAUGUGCAAAAGGUCGUAAAUUGAGUCAUUUAAUUAGAUCAUGGGAUAGGAAACUAGAUCCUAGAGAAAGAAAAUGGGCAGGUAUGAUUGCUGAUAACGUUAAUGAGACUGAAGAAGAAACACUUGAUGAUAUAUUGAGACAGUCCACAGAUGAAAAAAAAUUCAAUAAAUUUUAUGAAUAUUUAAAGCUGGAUAUAUGA